AAACUACCAAGGGACUAUGGAACCAAGGAGAGUUUCCACUGCACUGAAAAUAUCACAAGAUGUUUUUGUGUGGCUGUAACGGUAGCUCCCUGGAUAAAUUAAGGUCUUGUGGAAAAUGGAUACCACUGGGAUUAAUCUUGCACAAACAUACUGCAGAGUUAUGUCUUGAAUUAAUGGCUUAUGAUUUCUUAAAUAAUUUUAAACAAAGUCUGAUGUAAAAGGUAAUACAGUGUGUAAAACUCGAGUGAAUAAAGUCCACGCUUGUGAAAAUUUGGUUUACACAUGCACAAAGUAAAGAAAGCUGAUAUAGCGUUGCUGGUUAUUCCUGAUUUAUGAGACCCAGCAGCAAAUAUUUUUUUAAACCCUUCUAAAGUAUUAAGAUGAAUAAUUUCAUCUUAAUACAUCUCUCCCAGUGUAACUCACAAAAAUAACAGUGUGAUAUAGUAACAGCUGGACUGACUGCACUGAAGAAGGACAAUAAUAAUUAACAGUAACAUAAAUCUAGACAAUAUUAGAAAUUACAAUAAAUUGUUUAUAGUCAUUAAUUUCCUUUACAAAUUUCGCCAUGAGCAGCUGGUUUAUUGUAACCCACCAUGAUGAGAUCAACAGUGAAAAACCAAGUCUUCACCAUACAGUUAAUAAGGAAGCCUGUCUGUACAGCAUCAGUGGGUACCCUUUGCUUUUGUCUGUCACCUUCUGUACAUUUUGUGCCUCAAGUAACAGAAAGUGCAACUCACCACAAAAAUACCACCAGCUCCAGCACGUACAGCAGACUGAUGCAGACUUCUGACCUGCCUGGCCUACAAAACAGAAGACAACAGGAGGCUCCAGACAGAUCAGCAGGGACUCCAGAUUUCUCCAUUUUCUGACUCACUCUCAGGUGAUAUAGGCCUGUCUGCAUCUGUAUUCCCACAAUGGUUGUUCCUGAGUCUCGGGACAAAAUGUACCACCCUCCCAAUGACCUGCAGAAGGAUGCUCAUGUGCCUGACUUUAACUCAUACCUGGAAUUGUACAGGAAGUCUCUCGAGAAUCCAGAAGCUUUCUGGAAGGAGGUUGCUGAUGAGUUCUUUUGGAAGAAGCCUGCAACAGGACCAAUGCUGCAGUACAUUGAUGUGACAAAAGGGAGCAUAUAUGUGAAAUGCAUGGAAGGGGCCAAAACCAACAUGUGCUAUAAUGUCUUGGACAGGCAUGUGAGGGAGGGGAGCCUUGGUGAAAAGGUUGCCUAUUACUGGGAGGGAAACUCACCUGACCAUCAUGUGGCCAUCACUUACAGCCAGCUGCUGAGCCACGUCUGCCGCUGUGCUAAUGUCCUGAAGCAAAUGGGUGUGAAAAAGGGAGACAAGGUGUCUAUCUACCUGCCCAUGAUCCCAGAGCUUGUCUACACCAUGCUGGCCUGUGCCAGGAUAGGUGCUGUUCACUCCAUUGUGUUUGCAGGGUUCUCCUGUGAGUCUCUAUGUGAACGGAUUAUGGAUGCCCAUAGCAGUGUACUAGUGACAGCAGAUGGUGUGUACAGAGGAGAGAAGUUGAUCAACCUGAAGCAGAUUGCAACCGAGGCUCUGGAGAAGUGCAGGGAAAGGGGGUCACCUGGUGUCACCAAAUGCCUCGUCAUCAAGCACCAUGCACUGAGGACAAAAAGUGGAGCUGCAUGCAACAAACUGCAGACCCCCUGGGACUCACAGUGUGGUUGGUGGGAUGAGGCGAUGAGAGACUCCUCCGAGGAGUGUGAGCCCGAGUGGCUGGAUGCCGAGGACCCGCUCUUCAUCCUCUACACCAGCGGCUCCACCGGCAAACCCAAGGGUGUUCUCCACACUGUUUCUGGCUAUCUGCUCUACACGUCGCUGUCCUAGUAUGUUUUCGAUCAUCACCACGAUGAUGUCUACUGGUGCACGGCCGACAUCGGCUGGAUCACCGGCCACUCCUACAUCACCUAUGGCCCACUUGCAAACGGCGCUACGAGUGUGCUAUUUGAAGGGAUCCCUGUCCACCCUCAUGUUGGCCUCUGGGAGAUAAUUGAGAAGUACAAAGUGACCAAGUUUUACACAGCUCCUACAGCAAUCCGUCUGCUGAUGACGUACGGGCACGAACCACUGCAGAAGUAUGACGUCUCCAGCCUGAGGAUUCUGGGCACCGUGGGCGAGCCCAUCAAUCCAGAGGCGUGGCAGUGGUACUAUGAGGUGGUGGGUCAGAGCAGAUGUCCCAUUGUUGACUUCUGGCAAACAGAGACGGGAGGUCAUGUCUUGACUCCUCUACCUGCUGCUACACCACUCAAACCAGGCUCUGCUACCUUUCCUUUCUUCGUGGAGCCGACUAUCCUCAAUGAACACGGAGAGGAGCUGGAAGGUGAAGCUGAGGGUUAUCUGGUGUUCAGGAGGCCGUGGCCUGGGAUAAUGCGCACUGUGUUCAAAAACCACGAGCGCUUCGAAAGCACCUACUUCAAGAAAUUCCCGGGCUUUUAUGUGACUGGAGACGGCUGCAGGCGAGAUAAAGACGGCUAUUACUGGAUCACCGGGAGAAUAGACGACAUGCUGAAUGUGUCAGGCCACCUGAUGAGCACAGCGGAGGUUGAGGCGGCUCUGACGGAGCACACGGCUGUGGCGGAGGCUGCGGUGGUGAGUCGACCUCACAAGGUGAAGGGAGAGUGCCUGUACUGCUUUGUCACCCUCAAAGACAGCAGGGAGUUCAGUCACACGCUGGUGGAUGAGCUCAAGAGACUGGUGAGAGAAAAAAUUGGACCAAUUGCCACACCAGACUUUAUUCAGAAUGCCCCAGCGCUCCCAAAAACUCGUUCAGGGAAGAUCAUGAGGCGAAUCCUCAGACAGAUUGCUUGCAACGACAAGGAUCUCGGUGACCUCUCCACCCUGGCCGACCCCAAGGUCGUGGAGGUGCUGUUUAGCCAGAGAUGUGAAGCUGCAGCCUGAAGAAGAAGAAGAAAAAAAAACUCUCUCUCUCACCCUCUUCAAACUAUGCAAUGGUACAGAUAAAGACAAUCACAAACUGCUGCUUCUGGAUCAGCUUCUGAGAUUUUAUACACAUUUUUUGGGAUUGAAUGAUGGAAAUGGGAUCGCGAAGCACAAAAACCCAUAAAUUAAAAAAAUACAGCUGACAUUAAAAUGUUUAUUUUUUAAUGGAUAAGAGAAAAUGAAGCAUAAUUGUAAAUGCCAAAUCAAAUCUCAGAUGUGCUUUUAAGCAGAUUUAUCAAUAUGGGGGGGGGGGGUGUAUUGCUUUGUGUUUGGGCCAAAGUGUCUCACAUAGUCGUUCUCGUGAAGCCUCUCAUGUCCAGUAUUGUUGGAGGAUGGCAUGAAUCCUCAUUCACAGCUUGUUUCUGACCGGUGUAUAUUUUCAGUUUGGUACGUGUCUAUGAAUAAAGUGUUUAAUCCAG